GUAUACGUACAGCACGCUGUGUUCAGCAGACAGUUUGUUAAUUCGAGAAGGUAUGGUGUCUCACACGUACAUUUUGUAGUUACAAACGUGGAAGACCACUGCAGUUUGUCACAUUGGAUAUUUAUCAUUUUACAACGUACCAAUUGGAUAUAUAGCAACAGAGAAUUCCAUAAACAGUAUGAUCGCUAAGAACGCUGUUCAGGCGCACGCAAACAUUGACGGGAUGAUGGUUCACGUGUAAUUCAAGAUUAACGUCGUUAAACGAGGACCAAAGAUCAGAGACCUUAAAUAAACCGGGAAAGAAAGCAGUCACGUGGGAUGUAUCCGAAUUCCCGAGUCUGAUUCAAACUAUCGCGAGAUUAUAUCAAGUGAUCGCCAACGUUGUUGUUUUGUGUAUCUGGAUUUAAGGAUUAAUUCCGUCUUAAUACGAAAGUUUUGUCCUGAAUUGUAAGCAAUAGUUUGUUUCCAUUGCCUUAAACAAAUUGGAGGUUACAACAUGAAAGUUUUAAGGACAGGUCCCCGUUACCUUGGCCUGUAUGGGAUACGAAGUACUAAAAAAUUAAUAGGUCUGAUGUUUUUAGGUGGGUUUUUUAUGGUAUACGGUUAUUUUAAGUAUUUCCAGGAACCGCUUUAUGUGUUCAUGCACAAUGAUAUACAUAGCGAAUGUAUAUUGCCCGAUAUUGACCCGAAUGACCCCACUAUCAUGAAAUUCUAUAACUGGCAUCCUCCUCCGCUUGUUUGUGAUCCCACCUCUACGCUUACCGUUGUGGACGAUUCUGGAUUCUUGAGAUUCAACGAAAGCGUAUAUAACCCGUCAAAGACUGGAAAACUAGACUGUGUCUACAGUAUUGUUAACUUGGUAAAUGAUUUCAAGGUGAAAUUUGAAGUCGAAGUAGCUUUUGAUGGGCCAGUGAACGUGCCGGCAGACGCGUUUGUCGUCCGAUGUCGAAGUCCGGGCGGAAAAAUUGUAUAUGAAAAUAUUCACCAGAAAAUAGACAGAAAGUCUAGGGAGAAAACAAGAGUAAUCAAAGACGAAACGGACGAAGAUUUCAGUGUACUUAUGUUCGGAAUAGACUCAGUUUCACGGUUAGCAGCCAUUCGGAAACUCCCUAAAACAGUGAAGUACAUUACGGAAACCCUCGGGGGUUAUAUGUUUAAGGGAUACAACAAAGUGGGCGAUCACACUUUCCCCAAUCUUUUAGCACUACUGACUGGAAAAACCCAGUUUGGUCAUAAACAUGUCAACAUUGACACCGAUUAUGCCGACAACUAUCCUUUUAUCUGGUACGACUUCGAGAAAAAUGGUUACGCCACCAUGCACGGCGAGGAUUGGCCCGAGAUCGCCACCAUUAACCAGGUUAUGAAGAUGGGGUUUGAUAAACCGCCAACCACACAUUACAGUCGAGCCUAUUGGCUGGCGAUGAGGAAAAUUCAGCCAAUGCAGUACACGAUAGACCAGGUCUUCAUGUUCUUGGAAUCCAAGGCGAUGAAGCUACGAAAGUCCUCCGCUUUGUGUUACGGCAACCGACCCAAUCACAUGUUGAUCGUUGAUUACUUCAAACAGUUUGUGCACGCCUACAAAGGUAAACGAAAGUUUGCAUUUACCUGGCUCAACGAACUGGCUCACAAUUACGUUAAUUUUCUAGAAUAUGGUGAUAAUGACUUCAUGGAAUUUAUAAAAUGGAUGCACGUGGAAGGGCAUUUAGAUAAAACUGUACUGCUUUUCUUCAGUGAUCACGGGUCGAGGGUGGACGAAAUACGAAACACCUAUGUAGGACGUAUUGAAGAUAGGAUGCCUUUUGUUUCCAUAGUGAUACCGGACGUGUUGAAAAAGAAAUACCCAGCCAUUGCUGAAAAUUUAAGAGCAAAUGAAGAAAGGCUUACAACGACAUUCGAUACAUAUGAAGCGAUCCGUGACGUGCUACACAAGAGAUAUAAUAAUUUGACGAGUAACGUCAGAGCCAACAACCGCGCGCCACGAGCCGUUAGUAUUUUUAGACGUAUUCCCAAGGUGCGCUCAUGUGCGGAUGCUAUGAUACCAGAGCAUUAUUGCGCGUGCUUUUCGUCACAACCCAUUAACAAAACAGAUCCAGUUCUAAAAACUAUUGCUGACUUUGUAUUGCAAAGUAUUAAUAAUUUACUACAUCCGGUUCGGAACAGAUGCGCAAAGUUAUCUUUAGGCGAGAUCAUGGAGGCCCGGAUUGUUACAAAUAACCUUGAACGAAAAGCUGAUAAAGAACUGAAGUUUACAUUACGCAAUUGGAUAUCGACUCCAGAAAAACAAGAUGACAAGAAAUAUCUAAUUUUCUUGAGAACUACGCCCGGAAAUGCGACAUUCGAGUCUUCUGUUGUGCGGACUACGGAUGGGCGGCUUAAAAUCAUUGAUGAUAUAAGUCGGACCAAUCGCUAUGGCACCCAGUCAAAGUGUGUCGCCGAUAGGUUCCUCAAGGGAUACUGUUUCUGCACCAUUGAUGAAGUUGAAACCGUCAUAUAAUAUGCUUGUUAUUUCUUUAAUUUGUUAUAUUUAUAGAAAUUCACUUUUUGUCAAUGAUUUGGAAGAAUUAUGUAAAUUUUAAUAUUGUUUAAAAUGGUUGUACUUUCCUUUCGGCCAUUCCACCUGAUCUCGGUAGGAUGCAUGUUUGCGGGUUCCUGAUCGAUCGUAUACGUUUUGUUAUUUUUUUUUUUCUUGAAAGUUUUUGCUCGUUUAUUUCAAGAAGAUCAAAAGUCUGUUUUGAAUUUGAUCAUACAGGGUUGAAAUUAUAAAAGACAGAACAACACAUCCGUUUAAGUCAUGAUAGUCUCAAACGAUUUUAAUCUCGUAUCACAAUCUUGAGUUCCUAUUUUGAUGUUUCGCUGAAAAUGAUGACGUCACGUUAAGUGAUACAUUAUGACGUCACGAUACAAUUUAACAUUAUAUCACGCUACAAUAUUCUGUAUCUGUAUCUGUAAGGUUACGGAUAAAAUUCAUAAAUUGAAUAUCACAUCCGGGGAGGAGGAAUGUAGUAAAAGUUAGUUUUUGAGGCUACUACGGAAUUGGUCGACCGUAGUUGCACUGAUCAUGAUGGAGGAUUCUUUUAGAGCGCUCCGAUCGGUUAGUGUACGUGGGAAGAAAGUGUCUGUAGUUUUCAGUGUUACACGAUAUCGUUGUGUGUUGGUACGGCCGACUGUGAUGUAGUCGUCAGCGUGUAUGGCUACUAGCCCAUUGACGAUCUUAAACAACAGUACUAGUCUGUGUUCACAACGUCUGUCUUUCAGUGGUUCGAGUUCGAGUCUGUUUAGCAUGGAUGUUACACUGCACAUUAAUGCACAUCAAAAUUUGAGGAGCAACAAAGAUUGUACAUAUAUUACGAAAAUGGCACAAUACAAAAAAAACCUGGUUAGUUACAAGUAUAUGUAUAUCAGUUAACUUGUAAGACGCAUUCGUUCCAUUUAUUGAUUAAAUGAUCUGUGUUAUUUGAACAGUACCAAGGAGAGCUAUUUACACCGCGAUUCAAUAUAUUGAUUCAAACUUAUUCUAAACCCUACCUACAAAGAGAGCUAUAUAUAUAUGUAGGCUUAAAGUUUAAAUCAAUAUAUUAAAACUCUUUUUAAAUAGAUAAGUACUUAUAUAAUGCAUGUCGUCUGAAAUUAAGAUUUAUAUAUCGCAAUCCUUCUCACCUUAUAGAGAACAUGGUAAAGAGUUCUUAUAACUUGAAGGGACAUGUCACUUUCAGGUCAAUGAUAAAAGCAAGAUAGACAAUACAAAUGUAUUACUAUUGUCACUAUUGUCAAAUAAUUGUUUAAGUUUUUGCAAGAGAAAUAUUCCAUAAAAUCACUAACUGUCAUGCAUUUUACAGAAUUGUAGUUGUUUGAAAUUGAUUGGAAUUUUGAAAAUAGAGUGAAAUAAAACAAGAAAAUAGUCGGGAUUGAACUCGGGACCUUUCCAUUACAAUCGGGAACUAUACAAGACCAUCAUCGAAAUGACUAUCCAAUUAAUAAUAAUUGAUAACAUUUAUUUAAAAACUUCUUGAUUGAUACAUGCACUAUAGACAUCAUGACAUUGUUUUUCAAUAUUAACGGAAUAUCCGGCUUCACCUCCUUUCAUAUUUAGAGGUAAAA